UUUUGUUUUUAUAUUGUAAUUUGGAUUGUAUACACCACCUAGAGAUGUAUAUAUCAGGCAGUAUAGAAAUAUGAUAGAUAGAUAGAUGAAUGAAUGAAUGAAUGAAUGAAUGAAGGGGCAUUCCAGAUACUAACAAAGUCAUCCCAUUGGUCAUUAGAAUCAAACUUGGGUGGCAUUUCUGGAGAAUGGUCAUGUAUUUCUCAUCAUUUGUAUCAGUCAGGGACUCUGGUGAUGAGGCCCAUACUUAGAACAUCUGUUUCCAUUGUGAGGUGGCACAGAAUGUGGUGAUGCCAAAGGUGGUAUAACUCAGGCAUGGAUAUUAUACAUGAAUCACCUUGGGGCUGUGCAGGGGAUUCCUGCUGCCAAAGACACAGGGACUGUAGGUAUCUGCACAGACCCACUGAGUAAAAGGGUCUCUUCAAAUGACAGAGACUGUAGGUAUCUGCACAGACUCACUGAAUAAAAGGGUUUCUUCAAAUGACAGAGAUGAGACUUUCCCUAACAAUGAAUGGCUGGUAAACUGAAUAUAGGGACCAUCCCCAAACUUCGGAGAAAGCCCCGGAGCCUGCCCACUAGCCGGUCAUGUGACAACUCCAUCCGACUCCUCGUCCCGGGCUCAAGUUGUCGCCAAAGAAAUGGGGCUGGGGCUGUAUGUCUUUGUGCUGGUGUUGGGAGGCCUACAGCUCCAGGUAAGGAACAGGCAGGCAGGCAGGCAGAUUGUGGGAGGAAGUAGCUGAAACUUAGAGGGGUACCCACCUUCGCGAUUUCCUUAUCUCUUUAUCUUCUAGGCUCUCCUCCGUACACGCCCCACGAUCAUGUUUAGCCCAAGCUUUUCCUCGAAUCUUCCUGGGCUGUAGUUAAUGUAGUUAACCAUUAUGCGAAGUAAGCUAAUUGUCUGGGAGUUCUGCAGUGUAGAUAUGGAAUUGUGCCCAUCUUGCUUAUUGAAGACUUCCAGCAGCUCAGAAGUGACUAUUCUUUCAUUCACAAAACAGGGAGCGAAUGGUCAGUCCUUAGCUGUGACUGCUGGAUUGGCCAAAAACGAGCAGUAGAAACCAAUUUACCAUGCAGAGAAUUUCAGGGGUGGGAGGACAAGAUAAGGUGAAUAACAGUGACAGUCUCCCUGUCUGGGUGGUUGACUGGCUGGAGUCGUGUGUGCUUGCGUUGGUGUGUGAACGCUAACAGAGGAUAAAACAUGGCAUUAGAAGCAGAGAUGUGGGUGAUCCCAGAUUAUGAUCCAACAAGAGACUCCCCCAAUUCAGAAAGAGAUGGGCAUGUAUUGGAGCCUGUUGGGUGGGGAGUUACACCUGAACUUCAAGAGCAAACAUAGGAGUAUUAGAUUUGAACUUGCAAGAUUUGGAGCAAGGGAGGUCACCUCAGCAACCCGUUCCUUCAGCAUUGAUUAUGAGAACAACUGCUUCCGCAAGGAUGGUGCUCCAUUUCGCUAUAUCUCGGGCAGCAUCCAUUACUUCCGUGUCCCACCUGUCUAUUGGAAGGAUCGGCUCCUCAAGAUGUACAUGAGCGGUCUUAAUGCUGUGCAGGUGUACAUACCGUGGAAUUACCAUGAACCACUACCUGGCGUCUACAUCUUUGCUGGUGACAGAGACUUGGAGCGAUUCCUGGACUUAGUGGCACAGUUAGGCCUAUUGGUGAUCUUGCGUCCUGGACCUUACAUCUGUGCUGAAUGGGAGAUGGGUGGCCUUCCAUUCUGGCUAUUGGCACGGCCAAAUAUCGUUCUGCGCACAGUUGAUGCAGAUUACCUGAAGGCUGUGGACACAUGGCUGGAUGUUCUACUACCCAAGAUCAAACCCCGUCUCUACCAAAAUGGAGGCAACAUCAUCAGUGUCCAGGUGGAGAAUGAAUACGGGAGCUACUAUGCCUGUGACUAUGACUAUUUGCGCCAUCUACUGACUGUCUUUCGUGCCCACCUGGGUGAGGAAGUUCUGCUCUUCACCACUGAUGGCACCAAAGAAUCUGAGCUUCGGUGUGGGACUCUGCAGGGCCUAUAUGCUACUGUGGACUUUGGACCAGAUGCUAACAUAACCAAGGCAUUUGAGCGGCAACGACUAUAUGAACUAAAGGGGCCACUGGUGAAUUCGGAGUACUACACAGGCUGGCUGGAUUACUGGGGUCACCCACACUCCACAAGAACUGCGGAGGUGGUGGCUCAAGGCCUACAGAAGAUGCUAGAAUUGGGAGCCAACGUCAACAUGUAUAUGUUCCAGGGUGGGACCAACUUUGGUUAUUGGAGUGGUGCUGAUUACAAAGGAGGAUACAAACCUAUCACUACUAGCUAUGACUAUGAUGCACCCCUUUCAGAGGCUGGUGACCCUACUGCCAAGCUAUAUGCCAUCCGGACAGUCAUUGGCAAGUUUCACAUGCUGCCUGCAGGACCAAUGCCACCCCCGACCCCCAAGGCUAGAUAUGGCUAUGUAUCCCUGCCGCAGCGUGUGGCCCUUUUGGAUAUUUUGCCUGUUCUCUCACCUGCCCAGCCAAUCCAGUCCUCCUUCCCACUCACCUUUGAGGCUUUGAAACAGCCCUACGGUUUCAUCCUCUACCGGACUGUUCUGCCACAUGACAUUCUACAGCCUGUCUUACUCAGUGCCCCCAAUAAUGGAGUCCAUGACUUUGCCUACGUUCUGCUCAAUGGAGAGUACAAGGGGACACUGGAGCGAGACGAAGUGAAAGGCAUUAAUAUAUCUGGCCAUUCUGGAGCCGUCUUGGACUUGCUGGUAGAGAACAUGGGCCGUAUCAACUUUGGAGCCAACAGCAGUGACUUUAAGGGUCUAAUUCACAAUCUCGUACUGGGUUACACCACACUCAGCAACUGGUUUAUCUACCCUCUGGAUGUGGACUUAGUUGCAGCCCGUACAUGGCCCCCAACUAUCCCAACAAGUGAAGGAAAAGCAGGGCCUGCAUUCUAUCAUGGAACCUUUAGAACACCUGGCAUCAACUGGGACUCCUACGUUAAGCUCCCUGGCUGGACCAAGGGCCAACUCUGGAUCAAUCAUUUUAACCUGGGCCGGUACUGGUCAUCUCAUGGACCCCAGCAAACUCUCUUUGUCCCUGGUUCGCUACUCAGUGCCUCGGCUCCCAACAAUAUCACAAUUCUGGAACUGCAGGCAGCCCCAGAGAUGCCCAGUGUGCUCUUCCUUGACCGGCCCUUUCUCAAUGGUACCUCCAGCUCCAGCCAUAAAGAUAUGGAGUGAUAUGAAUUAUCAAGUUGACAAGUGGCUCUAAUAGAAGUAAUGGAAGGUGCUUACCUAAAACCACCACCUUGUCAGAGUGGUACAAGGCUUCAAGUAACUUGAGGGUACUCUAGGACCAAAGUUGUGUACAUUUGCCAGAUACUCAUUUAAAAUGGGAUAAAGGGAAGUAUGUAUGAGCCUCUGGAAACUCUGGUUACUGGGAACAGAGCUUGGAAUCUCAGCUCCUUCUUUCCCACUCUGCUCGGGGAAAAUUCGGGGCCAUCUACAUGAACUGAUAUUGGUAGGAUCUGCCUACUAUAUAAUGUUUUGGGUACUACUCCCUGAAUUAAAAAUAUAGCCACUU